AUGGCAAUGAAUGAUCCUUUACCCCUCCCUGUAUACUGCAGGUCUGGUUCAAUAUGCGUGGAUGUUCUUAAUCAAAAAUGGAAACCAACAUUUGAUCUUUUAAAUGUUUUUGAAGUUUUUCUCCCCCAACUCUUGCGCGAACCAAAUCCUGCAGACCCACUCAAUGUUGAAGCUGCGUCACUGAUGAUGCAGGACAAAACUCUAUAUGAACAGAAAGUUAAAGAAUACAGUGAGCAUUAUGCAAAGAAGAAGGAAGAUAUCGGUGAGGAAAAUGAUAACGUCAGUGAUGGACGAAGUUUACCAAGUGAUGACGAAAUUCCAGCACAGGCAAACCCAUGA